AUGGGGCCCCCUACUGACCCCGGGCCCUCGGGCAGUGCCCGAGUUUCCAAAUGGUCAGUCCGCCCCUGUUGCCAGCUCUCAGUGCUCAUCCAUGCUACCUGCCAGUGCCCAUCAGUGCCACAUAUCAGUGCCUACCAGUGCACAUCAAUGCCACAUAUCAGUGCCCAUCUGAGCUGCCUUUCAGUGUCACCCAUCAGUGCCAGUCAGUGCCACCUCUCAAUGCCAGUCAGUGCCACCUAUCAGCACUGCCAAUCAGUGACACCUAUCAGUGCCAGUCAGUGCCGCCUAUCCGUGCCAGUCAGUGUGCCACCUAUCAGUGCCCGUCAGUGCUGCCUAUCAGUGCCGCCUAACAGUGCCAGUGCCGCCUAUCAGUGCCAGUCAGUGCCGCCUAUCAGUGCCAUAUAUGAGUGCUACCUUUCAGUGCCCAUCAGUGUUGCCUGUCAAUGUCCAUCAGUGCCACCUACCAGUGCCUCCUCAUCAGUGCCCAUCAGUGCCACCUAUCAGUGUCUAUCAGUGCAGCCUAUUAGUGCCCAUCACUGCAGCCUCAUUAGCGCACAUCAGUGAAGGAGAAAAUCACUUAUUUACAAAAUUUUAUAACAAAAACUAAGAAAAAACUUUUUUUUUCAAAAUUUUCAGUGGUUUUUGGUUUGUUUAAAAAAAAAAAA